CAGCGGCGGCCCAACAUAAGCUUACAACUCAACAACAACCAGUCAGGGGGGGACAACAAGUUUUGGCGGUUAAAUGCAAUGAAUUCGUUGUGUUUGAGUUGCCGCUACCGCGGCCUGUCGACAACCGCGACGUCAUUGCUCCGUUGUGCUUCGCCGCUUUUGCUCCAUCCUAUUCAACCAUCAAACACGUCUCACAGUUGUUCCGUUCGACUUCCACACGACGUCAAAGACAUUGUCGCGGAGUUUAUUUCCAAGACUAGAUCAAACAUGGCCGUCAACGAAUAUUGCAAUCGGCCGUACACGGUGUUUGUCGAGGGAAAUGUGGGUAGUGGAAAAACUACGUUUUUGGAACAAUUCGCCGACUGUUCGAAUGUGUACCUCGCUAAGGAACCUGUGCACAAGUGGCAGGACGUGCAAGGCCACAACUUUUUGGGACUGAUGUACAAGGACCCGAAGCGAUGGAGCUUCGCAUUCCAGUCGAUUGUGCAGAGAACCAUGUUGGAACUGCAUCAGGCCAGGCCGGAACGUCCUGGUCAAAACAUCAAGAUAAUGGAACGAUCCAUAUACAGUGCCCGAAACAUAUUUGUUGAAAACUUAUACAAAGACAAACUUAUGGCAGCUCCUGAGUAUUCCGUGUUAGAUGCAUGGUAUAAGUGGCUAAUAGAAAAUGUUAAAAUUGAAUCUGACCUCAUAAUUUAUCUGAGAACUGAUCCUGAAAUUGCUUACCAAAGGAUUAAAACUAGGAAUAGGUUUGAAGAAAAAGAUGUUUCAUUUGAAUACAUAGAACAUUUACAUGAAUUACAUGACAAGUGGUUAAAUGUACAUAAUACUAACAUACCAAAAAAUAUACCUGUAGUGAUUGUUGACGCUAAUCAAAGUAUGGAUUUAGUUAGGAAACAAUUUAAAGGUAUUAGAGAUCUAAUAACUAAAAAUGCUUCAGCACUUGUAGAGUCAAAGACGAUUCCUACAAUUUCUGAAAUUGGUAAAAAUAUAAAAGACAUUCAACACAUCUCAUCUAAUUGUAAAUUGAUAUCAGACUCUGCUAUCGUUCCAGCUCAAAGAGUCUAAUUUAAACAUUCUUUACUUUGUCAGCUUUAGAUGUAAGACAUAUAUAUUUUUUACUUUCAAUUUAUACUUAUAUUUACAUAAUAUUGAAUUAAAGGACAUGGGUUACUUGAAAUUUCCUACAUAACUUUUAAUUAUAUAUAAUAUAAUACAUAUUGCA